ACCCUCAACACUCAAGACUCCCAGCAGAGCAAGCAGAUGGUCCAGCCUACAGUGAUUCACAUUCUCUACACUCGUGACUCCCGCACUUGUCAUUCACGAGCAUCUCAGCUCCUGAAUCGUCUUUGGCCUAAAGCAGCCCUCAUCUCGGGAGAACAAGUUUCUGACGCAGCAACACCAAACAGCUCAUCGAAAACCCCGCUCUCUAAUAGUGUUCAUCCAAACUCUCGGUCUGCCCUCACACUAUCCCCAUUCGCAGCAUGUCAGGAUACGGUGCGGUUGGAGGUGGUGGUGCGAGUGGCGCGUCGCUCGCUGAGCAAUUUCAAGACGCCAUACAUGCGCUAGGAUCAUCCAUCCCAUCAUGCUGCGCUCCAGCUCUCAACAUGCUGCCUGGGUCUUUGGCGUCCAUGCUGGGCUCCUCAGGCCAUGCGUCUUCGCUCAUUGCGGGAGGAAGCGGAGCGGCGGGAUCAUCAGGACUUGCGGCUGGAGGGACGUUGAAGCUUAAUGGACGCAGCUUGAACAUCAUUAGACUGCUGGGCGAGGGCGGGUUCUCGUUCGUGUAUCUUGCCCGAGACAAGGCUAGCGGACGAGACUUUGCGCUCAAGCAAAUGCGGUGUCCCUCUGGCACACCCACUCUGCGGCUGGCGCUGGCAGAGAUCGAGACUACUCGUCGAUUCCGCUCUCCACACAUUAUCCGGCUUCUCGACUCCUGCGUAGAGCAGACAGCGGACGGACACAUCGUCUACCUCUUCUUGCCCCUGUUCAGAGGCAAUGCGCAAGACGAGAUCAACGCUCGUGCUGUGCGGGGCGAAAGCGCGAAUGAGAAGCACGUGCUACUCGUUUUCAGGGGUGCUGCGAGAGGCUUGAAAGCCAUGCAUCAGUAUCGUCUGCCAAACGUUGGUGCUCAGCGCGAGCAACAAGAAGCGCAAAUGCAAGCUCACUCAAGAGAAGACCUGGAAAGUCAUGAUCAGCAACUACCUGUGCCUGCAAGCCAAGAUGAUGAGGAUGACUCCGAUUCGAGAAGGUUGAUAGACGGACAUGAAGGAGCCGAUGAUGAGGACGACGGCUCUUAUCCUCCCAAACCGAGACCAGAGAUGACCACCUCUAGCUUGCAAAUGAAUAACGAGCAGGAAACAGGUAGAGAAGGCGAUCUCGUACCCUGGGCACACAGGGAUAUUAAACCUGCAAACAUCAUGAUUGCACAAGAGAGGCAAGCAGAUGGCACGCUCGCGGAACCCGUAGCUGUCCUGAUGGACUUUGGCUCUGCACUCAGAGGCCGUAUACAUAUCAAGUCUAGAAGAGAGGCGAUCAUGCAGCAGGAUUUGGCGGCUGAGCACAGCUCGAUGCCGUAUCGAGCUCCAGAGCUAUUCGAUGUCAAGACGGACGCGAAGCUAGAUGAAAAGGUCGACAUUUGGUCCUUGGGCGCCACGCUAUUUGCACACUUGUACGGCUACUCGCCCUUCGAAACCCCACAGAUAGUCGAGCAAGGUGGCAGCGUAGCCAUGACUGUACAGACUGGCACUUGGAAGUUUCCAGAGCCAGCGAGCAGCACUCAUUCGCAAGCGACCAAGGACAUCAUCAGGAGAUGUUUGGUGCUUGAUCCGAAGAAGAGACCUGAUAUUGACGAGGUGCUCGAACUUACCGAAAAGGCUUUGAGAGCACUCGCGUGAUGCGCAGUCACUGGUCCGGCAGCUAUGCGCAACGGAUAGAAGCCGAUGUAGAUUACUUGAGGGACAAUGCUAUCAUCUUCCAC